UCGAAGACCGAGAAUUCAACGUCACCACUUCCAUCUUCGUCUUCCUCGGCACCGCUCUUCUUCUCCUUGGCAGACUGGCCUGUUGCUUCGGCUUCCGUCCGUUUUACUUCCGGCUUCUCAGAUGACACAUGAGGUAGAAUCAGUAUGUUAUGCAAUAUCAGAAGUGGUUAAACAAGAAAUGGAUGGUGUCACUAGCUCAGGCUUGUUUCCAUUGCAGCGUUGCAAAAUUAUCCACCUGGUUAGGCAUGCACAAGGUAUUCAUAAUAAGGGACAUGAAAAGGACCAUAGAGCAUACUCAUCUCCAGAAUUCUUUGAUGCGCACCUUACUCCACUGGGAUGGGAUCAGGUUGAUAAUCUCCGUAAACACAUUAAAUCUUGUGGCUUAUCAAAGAGAAUUGAAUUGGUUAUUGCAUCCCCUUUGUUAAGGACAAUGCAAACUGCAGUUGGAGUGUUUGGAGGUGAUGGCUAUGAUGAUGGAGUCAACAACACACCUCCUUUAAUGGUCGAAAAUACUGGAGAUAGUGAUCGCCCUGCAAUUUCAAGUUUGAACUGCCCACCAUUUGUGGUAGUUGAAGACUGUCGAGAGCGCUUGGGAGUUAACCCUUGCGAUAAGCGGCGAAGUAUAAGCGAGUAUCAGAAACUUUUUCCCGCAAUUGAUUUUUCUUUGAUAGAAAAUGAUGAAGACAUCCUGUGGAAAGCUGAUAUCAGAGAGACAGAUGAAGAGGUUGCAGCUCGAGGAGUGAAGUUUAUUAGCUGGUUGUGUACACUUAAAGAGAAGGAGAUUGCUGUUGUAACCCAUAGCGCCUUCUUGUUUCAAACCUUGCAAACGUUUGGUGGCGACUGCCAUCCCAUCAUUAAGGAGGAAAUCAGCAAACAAUUUGGGAAUUGUGAGCUCCGAUCCAUGCUGUUGGUUGACAGAAGGUAAGAGUUUAUAGUCGGUCAGUGAAUUUGAUGCACUUAUAUGGUGUUAACUAUGCUUUGUUUCGAAAAUGGUGUGUUUGAUGCCACUAAUGUCUUUACUAUUAUUUAUGCAUCAGUGUUGCAUGCAGUACUUGUUCUUAAGGGGCCAUUAUGACCAACAUUCUUUUCCUUAGGGAAUCAAACCAAGCAUAUACCUUCAA